AUGAAAAGAUUUAUUUAUAUUUUUUAUUUUUUAUGGUAUAUUAAUACUAUUUCAACAUCUUCUAUUAUUAAUCAAAAUAAUUUGCAUUCUAAUUAUGAUGAUCUUGUUGCUAUUAUUACAUACAAAGACAAAGUUGCCAUUUUAAAUAGCAAAGAGAUUAAAGUUUUUAAUCAAACACCUUUUAAUGAUGGUAGUUUUAAUAGAUUAAUAUCGCAAAUUGAUAUCACAAUUGGACCAUAUGAAAGAAAAAUAAGUGAAUUUAAAUUUCUUACAAAUGAUUAUAUAUCUUAUUGUGUUGCUUGUAAAAAAUGUGUCAUAUGUUCUAUACGUAAAAAAAAAAAUUGUUCCGUUAUAUUGAUAAAAAAAUCAAAAUGUACCAGUAUUACAUUGUCUUGGGAUGGUGAUAAAGAAUCAAAUAUUUUUUUAAGAAGAACUAAUUCAGAGAUUAAUUUUAGAGGAAAUUUAAAUCAUAUCAUAAGUUAUAAACCAGACAAAUUAUUUAUUGAUUAUAGUAAUGACUAUAUUUUAUCAGAGAUUGGAAGUAGUAAUGAUUUUGAUUUAAGUAUAAAUCAGGAAGUUAUAUAUUCUUUUUCAUAUAAAAAUUAUACAUAUUUUCUUGGUUAUCAUAAUCGUAGGAAAGAUUUAGAAAAAAUUUAUGAUCAUAAACAAUAUGAAAAAUUUUUUGAAGGAAAUGUAUCAAUUGCAAAAUUAAUAAGAGUAUGUAGCAAAGAUAAUAGUAAAGAUAUUAUUACUAGAAUGGAUAUUACUUUAACUUGUAAUGAUUUUGAUAUUAAUAAUUCUUUUUUGACAACUGGUGCAUUUUUAAUUGAAGAUAAUGGAAAAUUACUUGUAUCAUUUAAAAGUACUAAUAAUAACAAGAAUCAAUUAUGUAGUUAUAAUUUAAAUGAUGUAAAUAACCGUUUUAAUGAGUAUUGGGAUAUAUGCCAAGUAAAUAAUAUAGAUACAACUACUAUGUGUGAUGAAAUAAAUUUAACAAGUUAUAAAAAAGAUUACGAGGUAUGUAGUAUAUUAUCUAGAAGUGGUAGUCGUCAUAGUGAUGUAAUAUGUACAAAAUUUGGUCAACAACCAGAAAGAAUUUCUAAUUGUGAUGCUGGUAAUAAUGAAUAUAGUAAAGUAAUCCUUGGUCGACAUGGAUGGCUUGAUUGUUAUUAUCCAUUUGAUGGAACAUUUGAAGCUUCAUUUAAUUCAUCUUUACUUUCAACAAAUCUUCAUUAUUCAAAAAGAUCAAAAAUGUUAUUUUUUAGUGAUAACCAUGGAAAUGGUGAAUUAUUUUAUCCAAUUGAUAAAAAAAAAUUAAAAUUAAUAAAGAAAUUAUCAUCUAUAUUUAAAGUUAAAUAUCCAUUUACUUUAUCAUAUGAUACAGAUGAUUUUUAUAAUUUAGAUGAAGAAAAAGAAAUGAAUAUUGAAAUAUUAAAUUGUUCAAAUAUUUAUAAAACAUGUAAUGAUAUAAAUACUGCAGAGAUGGGUGAAUUAAAAUGUAAAUGGUGUGCUUUAGAAAAUGGUAAACAAAUGUCAAUAAAUAUUGAGAAAGAAAAAUGUGGUGAUAAUUUAAAUAAAGGAUGGAUUUUUAAUAAAGAAGAUAAAUGUCCAUUUAAAAUAAAAAAUUUAAAAUGUGGUAAUAAUACAAUCACUAUUAUGGAUAAUUCUUUUAAUAAAAGAACAAAAUUUAGUGCUUGUAAUGUUAAAAUUAAUUGUAAUAUUAUUAAUACAACAACAACAUGUUUUAUACCACAAGAUUUAAAAGAUUGCCCAUUUAAAAUAGAAGAAAUGAUUGAUAAAAAAAAUACAUUUUAUCAAUAUAUUCAUGAAUGUUCAAAUAAUUAUAAAAAUUCUCAUUUAUAUGAUGUAUCACCAGAAUCUAAAAAAUCAAGAACAUUUAAAUGGAUUAUUUCUUCAAUAAUUAUAUUUCUUUUUGUACUACUACUUAUUAUUUUAAUUUAUUUAAAAUAUCAUUGUGCAAAAAGAUUAGAAUCAUUAAAUGUCAUAGCAUCUGAUAAUUUAAAUAAUCAACGAGCAAAAAAUAGUUAUACAUUAUCAGAAAUGCAAAUUGAUAAAAAUGGAUAUGUUUCACCAACUAUUUCAAGAAAUUUAUUUGGUGAUAUGCCUAUUGAAUAUAUAAUUCAACCAAAUGAAUAUGAAAUAAAUGAAUUUAUUGGAUCAGGAAAUUUUGGUCUUAUAUAUUCGGGAAUUUUAAAAAAAUGUUAUAGUGGUUUAAAUGAAACAGUUGCUUUUAAAGAAUUAAAAAAAAAUGAUUCAAAUUGGACUGUAUGGAAACGUGAAAUAAUUGUAUUAACUGAAUGUAAACAUCCAAAUAUAGUUGAAUUUAAAGGUAUGACAUAUGAUAUUAAAAAAGGUUAUAUAAUGGUUAUGGAAUUUAUGAAAAAAGGUGAUUUAAAGAAAUAUUUAAUGGAUACUAGUAAUCAAGUAACAUCAUUUAAUAUUAUUCGUUGGGCAUUAAAUAUUAUUGAUGCUAUGAUAUAUCUUCAUGACAAAGAUUUUACUCAUCGUGAUUUAUCAUGUAGAAAUAUACUUUUAACAGAAAUGUUAGAAGCAAAAUUAUCAGAUUUUGGUUUAAGUCGACAAUUAAAUAAUAAUGGAUUAUAUAUAGGAGAUAAAAAUUAUCCUGUACAAUUACCAUUACAAUGGACUGCUCCUGAAUGUUUUACGGGUAAAGACGAAUAUACAUUUUCACGUGCCAAUGAUAUAUGGGCAUUUAGUGUUGUUAUAUGGGAAAUGUUUACAAGAAAAUAUUGUCCUUAUCCAAACACACCUUUUGAUGAAUAUAAAAGAAUUUGUCUAACUGAACCAUUACCAUUUGGUUUAUUAGAAUAUAAUAAUAUUAAUGAUUGGAUACAAUUAACAAGUGAUUGUAGAAAUUUAGAACCUCAAAAUAGGCCAACAUUUAUUAAAAUUAAAGAAAUUGUUACAGAAAUUGCAAAUAAAACAAUACAAGGAGAGUUAAUUAUUAAAAUGUAA